UUGCGAGCUAACAGUUCUAGAUGUUGCCAGCUAUAUAUACACAGGCAGCAGCACUGAAGCACCAAAAAAACAAGCAUUAAAGGUUCAACCAGCGUAACGUCAUCCUACGCGUUUUUGGAUUGCUCCGUCUCCCUUCGACCAUUGCUCUUUCUUCCAUGUUUCAUUCGGCUGUGAUUUCUCCCCCUUGCAGAUAGAGUACGUACUACGGUGGAGUUUUAAGUCUGCCAUCAUAUCCUCCGGGAAGCUUGAGAUGGAUGCCCUGAAGAACCGCGCCAGAGCUUUCGCAGAGGGCAUCUUGAUCAUGGUGUGCCCGGUUCUGCUCGCCAUAGCAUUCGGCCAGGUUAACCUGAAGACCGAGGGAAACAGAUUUGUUCGGGGCAGCAUUUCCCCACUCGCAGCGGUCACACUGGAGGCCGGUAUUUUCCCGUUCCUCUGUCUCUGUGGAUCAAAGAACUUGGUCGACUUGUACCCAAAACUUUCAAGGUGCUUAUUUGGUGCCUCGAAGCUUCUCAUCCACCUCUGCGCUCUGCUCCAAAUGGCGCUUGCCUGCGGCGUUCUACUUCUCAUCAGCAUGAAGAAUCUUCUGUACCUCUUAUUCCUGAUCCCCUUCGUGGCUCUGACCCUGUGGCGGUGCUACUGGUCGGUGAAAAACGGCCCGAUGAUCGAUGAGACCAGGUACCAAGGCUGCGAGGACGCACUCGAAAGAUCUUUGGACUUCUCGGCUGCGGUCACUGCUAUCCUGUUCCUGGGUUUGGAAGGCCUGGCACUGGAGGGGCAUAGCAGCAGCGCCGAGGGGCUGGAUCGCCUGCUUGUUGUCUCGCUUGGGGUGAGCUUCAUCACCUGCGUCGUGGGCGUCUUCAUCAUGCUCCUGGGGGCAGUCCCCCCGCUGAUCGCUGACAAUGGCGAGAGCACCAACAUGUGCCGCGCCGUCGAGAUACUGAACGUCGUUCUGGCCAUCGCCAUCGCCAUGACCGUGUUCUUGAUCGCGUCAGCGGCGCUGAAAGAGCUAGCGUGGCUAGUGUUCAUUCCGCCGCUUGUUUCAUUCAUGGUGUGGCUGUUCCUAAUUCUCGACGGGGACGGGGGAAACGGACGGGGACAGGUCAAGCCGGCGUCCAUGGAGCUCACCAAGGUCACGUUCACAGGCUUCUUGGCGGUCUCGGUGCCAACCUUUAGUAACAGCUCGCUCAACAACUACAGCCAUGCGUUCAUUGCCCUUACCGCGGCAGCUGUAAUCACCGGCCUCGGAUGGAGGCUCUUGACGCACACGGCGGCACCGUCGCGUGCCAUGGAGAAGGCUGCUAGUGUUGCUUCUUUCUGUGCCCAUCUCUGCGUCGCUGCUGCUGUUAUCCCGUUCGCGACCAUGGCUGUCAACGCUCUGAAAUAAUACCUGCCGAAUCAUUUGUUGCCUACUGAACUGUGCGUAAAAGAGUCAACAUUGUCAAUCAGCUCGAUUGUUUUCUCCAAAAAUUAGGAUGAAACCCUAGGUCUCUGCAUCACUAUGAUGCGCACAUGUAUCUUUACUAAAGUUUGAUGCAAGGCAACCAU